CUCUUUGUCAUUGCUAAUUAGGUCGAACGAGGCCACCCGAACGCGCGAAAGCAAACAGAUCUCUAGGCCUUUGCUUCCUGCACUGUUAACUGGGCGGGCGCGCCCACCAGGAGCUGCAGCAUGUUUAGGAACCAGUAUGACACGGAUGUGACGACCUGGAGCCCUCAAGGGCGUCUAUUCCAGGUCGAAUACGCUAUGGAGGCCGUGAAGCAGGGCAGCUGCGCGGUCGGGCUCAAGAGCGGCACGCACGUGGUGCUGGCCACGCUGAAGCGCUCGCAGUCGGAGCUGUCCUCCUUCCAGCGGAAGGUUUUCAAAAUUGACGAUCACAUGGGCAUCGCCAUCGCGGGCCUCACCGGCGACGGCCGCUCGCUGUGCAAAUACAUGCGCAACGAGUGCAUCAACUUCCGGUACAUUUAUGAGAGCGCCAUGCCGACUGGGCGACUGGUGCGGCAGAUUGCGGACAAGAGCCAGGUGUGCACACAGCGCUCGUGGAAGCGGCCUUACGGCGUGGGGCUGCUGGUGGCGGGCGUGGACAGCACGGGGCCGCACCUGUUCAACACCUGCCCCUCCGGCAACUACUACGAGUACAAGGCGCACGCCAUCGGGGCACGCUCGCAGGCCGCCAAGACGUACCUGGAGAAGCACUUUGAGUCCUUCCCCUCCGCCAGCCUGGACGAGCUCAUAAGCCACGGUCUGCGCGCGCUGGCCGCGAGCCUGAGCGAGGGCGAGCUGACGGAGGCCAAUUGCAGCGUGGCUGUGGUGGGCCGCGAGUCCGCCUUCACGCUGCUGGAGGACGCGGGCGUGGCGCCCUUCAUCGCCGCGCUCAAGGAGGAGGAGGGCGCCGGGGCCAUGCAGGCGGAGGAGCCGGCGGCAGAAGCGCCUGCGGAGCAGGCGGAGGGAGCGGCGGCCGCACCCGAGGAGCCGGCGGCUGAGGGCGGGGCUGCUCCCAUGGAGGCUGACUGAGAGGUGUACAGGCGGCGUUGAUGCGGGAGAACUUUAGGGGAGGAUUAGGCAGUUGAUGCGCACGCAAGGAGGAGGGUUCUGGCAGGGGACUCGUGCGAAAGUCCGGGCUACUGCCACAGUGUGUGCUCUGCAGGCACGCGGCAGGUGUGGAUGUUAGAAGCGCGUCAAACUUAUGUGGUGGUGGGGAUGCAGCGGCCUAGGGUGACAUGGCGCCACAGACGAGGCGCAGGUGCGGCUGGUGAGAUCGUCUGAAAGGCAAUUGACGGGCAGCGGCAUGGGUUUUGGCGUGUAGGUAGCAGCGCCCUCCCCGCACUGCUGCCCGAGAUGGGUUACACGCAACGCAGCCUGGGUGCGUGCAUGGCACCUCGGUGUCUUGAACAUGCGGUGGCUGUACGUGUGCCGCUCACGGGCCUGGGUGGUCACCGGUGGUGUUAACGGAUGGUGCUUUGUGGCCCCCACACUCGUGGACUCGUAGAAUUGCAGGUAUCAGUAGGAAACCGCUGUCCACAUAACCGAACCCUUGCGGCGUGUAUAUGUUACACACGACGGGA